AAUUACGCAUUAACAAGAAGACAACAUGUAUCUUUUAAUAUUCUUCGCGUUGCCCCUCGCUAAAGCCACGUACGUCAUCACCGUUUUCGGAGACGUAUACAAGGACACGGAUUUCUUCACGCGGACUUAUCCGUGGAUCGUGGACAACAUCGGCGGGGACAUCUCCGUGGACUACCACCUGCUGGGUAGCGGCCGGUACUCGGUGCCGCAGAUGUGCGCGUUGGGCCAGCUCAGGUCGAACACCUACCUGCAGGCGGAGUUCUUGAAAUGCGAGGCUGAAGGCACCAGAAGCGAGAUCUGCCUCUGCAGAAGCGGCAUUGAUCCCAAAAAAUUCAGGCAAUGCGUUCUGGAGCGAGGCCACAUGGCGGGCUUGGCUGUUUUUAAACAUUCGCAGCUCAACUUAGACGUGUCACCCAUUAUUGAGCUGGGGCCCAGGAUCACUGUCUCCGAGGUACCCGACGAACAUUAUCUCAAGAAGAUUUGCACUAUAUUCGGCGAUGACAAACCAAGAGGAUGUGUCAAACCGUUAGAUUGUAACAAUAACAGUAGAAUGGAUGCUUUGGAAUCGAGAGCUCUUGCAUACUUCGAUUGCAGUAAGGUCGAUAAUACUUGUCAGUGGCACCCAAGCACCACUACUGCUCCUACUACUACUACUCCUACUACUACUGCUCCUACUACUAUUACUCCUACUACUACUUCUGCUCCUUUUACUCCCACUACUACUACUACUGCUCCUACUACUACUACUCCUACUACUCCAUUUACUCCUACUACUACUACUUCCAUUACUCCUACUGCUACUUAUACAUACACCACGUAUUGGAAAAAUUUGAUUCAACAGAACAGAACAGACCAGGCAGAUAAAUUGAAACCGUCACAAUAAUCUUAUAGCAUUUUUCAAAAAGGACGCUGUCAGAUGCCAAUUCAAUAAUAUACUCGUAUAUAUAUACAUUUUAUGGAGAUGACACCUGUCAGCGUACCCAUCGUGCUCAAUACCACCACGCCACGCCAAUACUAUACAAUCAAAAGUCACAUUCUCUAUGGCAUUUCAAAUACUUUCUUUUACAACUUUAAAUUUCAUUUUGUUGUAAUAGUUUCAUCAGCGCUCACCGCAUUCCCGUUCCCUCCAACAUUUUUCCCCGCUAGAAUGCCACAACAUUAACAAAAGGUACCUUCCACACUGUACUGCAUACCGUAGAAGUUUGCACUAAUGUAUUAAAUUGCACUAACUUAGCGUAGUGAUAUACCCACAUCAAGUUUCGUGCAACGCGUGUGCUGUUGAUGGCUGGUGCAAUGGUCGGGUUAGAAGCGGAAUAAACUUGUUUCAGAGAACAAGGCCUGCUCUACGCGAUACUUACAAAAUAGUUUGUUACAUUUUUUUUUUCGAAAUUUCCGAAGGAGGUGGUGAAAAAUGCAUGCGUAAUUUUGUGGCACGUCUCUGCUUCAUUAAAAGGCACGCAAAUACGCAAGAUAACAAAAUCUAAUAAUCAUUGUGUUUUUUAAAUUUUCAAAUUAGUUUGUCUAUAAAAUUUGUUACAAUAACUCUUAAUUUAUAGUUGUUAUGUGUAAUUAACAUUGUAACGGAAUGUAUGGCUGUAAAAUAAACUAAAAUUAGACAUG